AUGGAUCCAAACUUUUCUAUAGGUGACAUUCAUGGGCAAUAUUCAGAUCUUUUGAGGCUUUUUGAAUAUGGAGGAUUUCCUCCUAGUGCCAAUUAUUUAUUCUUAGGUGAUUAUGUCGACCGUGGAAAGCAGAGUCUGGAAACCAUAUGCCUUUUGCUUGCCUACAAAAUUAAGUAUCCUGAGAACUUCUUCCUUUUGAGAGGAAACCAUGAGUCUGCUUCCAUUAAUCGAAUUUAUGGAUUCUAUGAUGAAUGUAAACGGCGCUUCAAUGUGAAAGUUUGGAAAACAUUUACAGAUUGUUUUAACUGUCUACCUGUUGCUGCUCUUAUAGAUGACAAAAUAUUGUGCAUGCACGGUGGGCUUUCCCCUGAUUUAACGAAUUUGGAUCAAAUUAGGAACUUACCUCGUCCAACUGAUGUUCCAGAUUCUGGUUUGCUUUGUGAUUUACUUUGGUCUGAUCCUGACAAGGAUAUCAAAGGCUGGGGAAUGAAUGACCGAGGGGUCUCAUAUACCUUUGGCCCUGACAAGGUUGCUGAAUUCUUAAUGAAGAAUGAUAUGGACCUUGUUUGUCGUGCGCAUCAGGUUGUCGAGGAUGGAUAUGAAUUCUUCGCAGAAAGGCAGCUUGUAACAAUAUUUUCAGCUCCCAACUAUUGUGGUGAAUUUGAUAAUGCUGGUGCAAUGAUGAGUGUUGAUGAAACCCUAAUGUGUUCUUUCCAAAUACUUAAGCCUACAGAUAAAAGAGCUUCUUUUCAAGCUGUGUUCACAGGAGCUUUCCAAAUUCCGAGCUUGGAGCUAACUGCUGUUUUAGAGCACUGGCUAAGGCCAGAAUGCACGAUUGCCUUUUUCCAGAAAUUUUCUGGUGGCGAGUCUCCAAAUGACUGGCAAACUAGAGCACUAGAGUUCUGGCUUCUGAUUUUCUCAGGCUUUCUUGGGGCUCAAGCAUCAGGUGAAGUUUGUGAUUUGACUGAGCUGCCUGCAGCAGUUUGCAGGAAUGUUCCAAAGUAG